UUCGUCGGGUUUUUAUUCAUCCCCGCACGCCCCUCCACGAUCCCUACACAGGUCGCCGCACACCACCGCCACCGCCGCUGUGAAUCCCUGGGGACACCGCAUGCCACUGCCGCCGCGAAUCCCCAGGGACGCCGCACGCCACCGCCAUCGCGAAUCACCAGAGACGCCGCUCGCCGCCGCCGCGAAUCCCUAGGGAUGUCGCCGCCACCGCCACGGAUCCCCAAGGGCUUGGUCGCAUUGCCCUGAUUGGAGGAGACCCUGCCGGCCUUGCCUUGUUUGGAGGACCGUGUGCGUCAAUCCCGACCUCUGCUUUCCCCCUUUUCCACCAAGGAUCGUCGCCGCUGCUUCGUCUUCUAUCUCUCCGGAUCCCCAUCAGCACCUGCUGGAUGGUGCUCCAGAACAGGGCCGCACGGAGGCCCUCCUCCCGUAGGAUGUGCAGACGCGGCGCGCCUUGCAGCGGCUGUUCGGAAUGAGCGCGGGCGCGACAACCUUGUCCCAGUCGACGAUGGCGGCGGCGAACACCGGUGCUCCUUCUCGUCCUCUACCUCCAAGGAAGCGCACCGGUACAGCUCAGGCACCCCCGUCCCCAAAUCCCGUCCACCCAUCCGAUGUUGUCCAGCUCAUCCUCACGCUCGUGGAUUCGCCUCCUCCUAUACGCGACACUUGAAACAUGGACGUGUUUGAAGCAGAACCUCCGUCUUCUAUCUCAACGCCGGCGGCCCGACGGCGUCGAAUCCUUAUUGACGCCCGUCGGCGGCCCAGUGAUGCGACCAGAUCACUGCAAAUUGCUCCAUUCAUGUCAGCAGCCUAAUCAGGUGGAGGUAGUCAUGUUGGCACCACUGUUUUGCUUCGUGCUGAUGUGGUAUAAAAGUGCCUCCUCGGCAGAUGAGGACCUGAGCGUGGCCGUGCUAAUGAGGAUGCAGGAUCCACUGCCACCGGCCAGUCCGAGUGAUUGCAGAGAACUUGGCAGGCAGAUCAAUUACGAGGAGGUCAAGGCUGAGCUGAAGUGGGGUGGGCGCCAACAUGAAGGAGUUGGAGAUAUCUCUAUUUUUCAAAAUGACCUGCUUGGACCGAACGAGGACAGGUGUGUGGUGGUGGACAUAAGAUGCACGGCGAACAUUGAGCCGCAGAAGAACAUUAUGAAAGAGGUUGGAGAGGCUGGAGGAGACCAUAUACCAACACAAAGCGCAUCUUGAUGGCCAUCAAUGAGGAGCCGGACCUGCUACACCAGGCUAAUUGCAAGCAUCGGGAUGAUUUGGACGAGAUGACUGAUGAGGACAUGAGCGUUGUCGGAUGACUUGGACGAGAGGACUGUAGCAUGACGCAAUGAAGAGCCAGAUCGUCCGUCCGCUCCCAGCUCACUUCCCAGUUCUGUUGUGCUGCCCCGUGCACCAACCAUCCAGUAAAGGUUCUGUGGUUAACAUCUCUUUUGCGAGUUUCAUAUAACUUUUGUUGUCACUUUAUUAUCUAUUGAUCCACAUGUUUGUAUUUUAGCAGACAUGAGUACUUUAUCAUCUUUCCAGGAAGAAAUUACUAGAGAGAAGAAAACUCAGUUUUAUAAGCAAUGACAGUCCAACAUCAUAUUGACACGUCUGGUUUCUCUUUCCACAAGCAGGGUCGAGUGGGGUGAUAUACUAGGCGCUUUCUUCUAAAUUGUACAGAAAGUCCACUGAGUUAUUGUUGUUUGUAUGACACCUUAGAGUGAAAUAGUACUUCUUUUAAUCAUUUUUAGGUGAAAUACAAGCAUGUAGCUACCUCACUUAAUUAUAGUACUCACUUGAAGUUUAUGUUGAUACAAUGCACUACUUAAGUAGUAGAGAAACCUCACAAAAUUAAAUUGAUGAAUGAUAUUUAGGAAAAGAAGUAGGCAUGUUUCAUUAUAAAGGGAAAGUCUUUUUCAAGGCAUAGUGUUUAAUUCACGAAUGGUUAAACAGUUUAACGGGGACCAACACUGGGUAGUAGGGGAGUGGCAGUGCAUAGAGACAUAGUGAGGGGAGCGAGGGCGAUGAUGGAGGCGAAGAUGUUUAGAUAUAGAGAGUGGGAGGUUUACCAUGGUGCAAUCAAAAACCGAGGCACGCCUUGCUAAGACAAGCACACUUUAAAACAUAGCAAUACUCUGCAUUGUUUUGAUGUUGGUAUCAGGACCAGGUACCAUGUGAAGCUCAAGGAAUGGUUGUAGAUCAUUAUGGAUAAACUAAAAAAAGAUCACUAUGUAGUACAUUAUAAACAGCAUUUGGUGUCGGCGGCAUGUCACUACCACUGACAAAGUUCUCUGAAACACGAUUACUAUCAUGUACAAUGCUUUACAGUUCUCUCAUAUUCAAAUGCUAAAAUUCUAUAAUUUCAUAUUUAGUAGUUUCUGCGGUGUGAAAUUCAUGUUUUAUUUUGCUUGUGCAGUUGAAAAUAAAUGCUGGAAAAGAUAUUAAAAUUCAAAUCUGGCUUAUUUUUCUCAAUAUGGGUUCAGAAGGAAAUUGUCGUUGAGCUUCUAUCUAAAGAUUUCAGCAGCGGCUGAUGGUAGCAACCUCAUGGGCCACACAUCCCCUUCUUUAAUUGCAUGCCCUCACAAAAUGGAUGGGGACUUGGUUCUUUGGUUGUCGCCGCCGGACUCGGUGAAGGACGAAAAACUGAGAUGAUCCAGUGGAGAAUAGAUGCCACGGGCUGAAGAAAGGAGGCGACGGUUUCAGAGCACACACCUUGAAGUGGAAAGGCGACAAGGGAGUACGUCUGGAUGGCAGAGGGAGCGGGACAAGGCAACAUCACAUGGGAGGCAUGGUCAAAAUCGGCGUCGUAGGAGCAAUCAUGCGUGUGGGGGUCGUACCAGGGAGAAGGAAAAGGGUGGUCGGUUUUCUAGGGCUUUUUUCCUUGCAUCGGGAAAUGGGUUCGGUUGAAAAAAAUGAUGAUGUGGGGAGAUCACGCGAGUGGUGGAUACGUGGGUACCAUUUAACGUACCAACUGCGCUUUAAUAGUAGAGAUUAAGAUGUUGAUAUUUUAUUCAUUUUCUUCUUAGCUGAACAUUCUUUAAACCAAAAAUCUAUGAAACUUGUAAUGUAUCAUGGUCGCAAUUUGUGAAGUAGAACUAACUAUCCUUUGACCAUUCA